AUGCAGUUGGGAAAGCUAAUCAUCAAUGCGCUGGCAAGCAAUUUCCGAGCACCGGGCAGCGGUAUUCGGGGUUGGAUUAGUAUGAGGAUGAUGAAGAAACUUAAUGCAGACAAAAGCGUGGACGCCAUUCGUACGGCGUUUGGUGAAUCGCUCCCAAAUAAAGUCUGGCUGGAGCUUGGUCCGGGUCACGGUUUCGCGACAGAGUAUAUUCUAAAUUACAAACAGCCCUCCAAAGUCCAUGGUGUAGAUAUUUCGGAAGCAUUCCGCAGUGGCCUUCGUGCCAAAUUUGUUGCCGAAAUCGAGAAUGGGCGGUUUGAAAUCCACGACAAGGACGCUAACAACUUGUCGUUUGCAGACGGUGGAUCGAUAGACUACCUGUUUGGUCUCAACGUUCUGUACUUUCUCGAUCCAUUGACUGAAUAUUUGACUGAAUUUCACAGAGUCUUGGCUGUCGAUGGGCGGAUGGCGUUUGGAGUAUCCGACGCGGCUAUCGACCUAAAUAAAUCGUAUUUUGUUAAUACAGAUUGGCAACUUUGUCGGAGAUUAAUGGAAGAAGCCGGUUUUUUGGACGUCGUCGUGGGCGAUGAGCGGCAAGCGGGGAAAGACAAUCAAACUUAUCGAAUAAUUACAGCAAGAAAAGGCUUGGAGUAA